AGCAUAAUUUUAAAAAUGUUCUUAGUUUUUUUAAGGCAUCUGGAGACCCUCUCUCAGUGUCUUGUGACCCCCAUUGGGGUCCUGACCCCAACGUUGAGAACCCAUGCUGUAUUGGACCAUAUUGUAUCGAAUCGUAUUUAAGGCCUGCUGUAUAUGCUUGUAUCAUAGACCUAUUUAUUUGUAUCACAUCGUAUGCUUUGUAGACCUCUUGUAUCCUAUCCUAUCCUGUCCUGUCCUUGUUGGCUGGUCAUAUUCAAUCACAUUAUAUUAUAUCCUUACAUGUCGUAUUGUAGUCCUAUUGUUUUGUAUUAAAUUGAAUCUUAUAGUAUCAAAUACCUACUGUAUGUAUCAUAUUGUAGGCCUGUUUAAUAGUAUCUUUUCCUGUUGUAGCCCUGAUGUAUCCUAUUAUUAGACAUUAACACAUUAUAUCAUAUUGCACUGAAUAGUGUUGUAUGGUUUUGUAGGCCCGUUGCACUGUCCUCUUGUAGACCUAUUUUUCCUAUCCUAUACUUGGCUGAUAGCAUUACAUCAGAUCUUAUUGUAGGGAUAUUCUAAUUAAUUCUUUCUUAUAGUAUAAAGAUACCCUCCUUAUGUAUUGUAUAGUAGGCUUAUUGUAUCCUAUUAUAUUGUAUCCAACUGUCGACCUAGUGUAUCCAUAUGAUAUAAUUGGCCUAUUGCAUCAUAUUCUAUCACAUUAUAUCAUUUUGUAUCAUAUCCUAUUGUAGGCCUUUUGUAUUAAAUUGUAUAUUAUAGUAUAUCAUAGGCCUAUUUUAUUGAGUCAUAUCAUGAUCUAUUGAAGACCUAUUGUAUCCUUUCCUAUCCUAUUGUUGGAUGAUCAUACCAAAGAGUAUCAUAUUGUAUAGUGUCAUAAAGUAUUGUGGGCCUUUUGUAUUUUAGCAUAUCAUACCCUGUUGUAGACGAUUGUUUCCUACCCUGUCUUUGGCUGAUCACAUUACAUCGUAUCUUUUUAUAGUCUUAUUGUAUAAAUUGUGUAAUAACAUAUCAGAUACCCUCUGUAUUAUAUCGUAGGCCUACUGUAUCCUAUUAUAUUGUAUUCAAUUGUAGACCAUCCUAUCCUACCAUAGGCCAUAUUAUCAUACCAUAUUGUAUUAUAUCAUUAUAUCAUAUUAUCAUAAUGAAAAUUCAUGUACUUAUUGAUACAGUUUUACACAUUUUUCAAUGCAAGCUCUUAUUUCUACAAAGGUUUUAUCUUUUUGCUGAAAAGCAAAAUUUACAAAAACGAAAAAAAAAACGGCAACAUGACAGGAUAAUUGCUGAAAGAUUAAAAACAAAAACAGCAGAAAACAUCAAUGUAAAGAAUCAGGAGUAAAUGAGUGAUCAGCAGGAAGUUUUUGUAUAGUAUGAGUGAAAAUAUUAAUGAAUGGAAAAUCAUGGCUUCAUGAAUGAGUGUAUAGGUGUUUAUGUGUUUGUUUUUUGUCCAGACUAAAGAAGAAAAAAUGAAGAAUAACAAGGUUUUUUGUAAGUUGGGUUGUUACUUUUAAGAAUGAUUUUACUUUGAAAAAGAUGAACUAAUUUGGUUCCUGUUGAAAUGUAUCCUCUGUUUUCUAUCAGUCGUGUUAAAUGUUAGAUACUGGCUAUCAAACACGUCUCACAAACAGUCUAAAUGCUGCUUCGGUGUGUGUGAAUGAUAUUUACACAGAUCGUGGUGCCGAUCUGCAGCAGGGAAGUGCAUCCAUAUUUGUUUUAAAGUCUCUUAGCAGUUAAUAAAGAUGCAUUUCCUCCGUCCCCCUUCCUGUGGGGACGGUAUCAAGGCUCUGUUAAGUCUCUUUGAUUUCCCACAGCCUCCAAUCACAGCAGGGACCUGACUCAUCAUUGUGCCACUUCAAAGCCUGGGAAUGGCUCUCCUGACCCCUCCCACACCGAGGGUCCCCUUAAAAGUCAUGGUCACCUCUUCCUGCAGGACUGAAGGACUCUAAAAUAUCUGCUGCAACAGGACCUGACUGACCUGCUGACUGCCUGAGCUGGAUUUCAAUUCACACUGUCUGCAGAGGAGGAAACAGCUGAAGAGACACUUGGAUUUCACAGAUUCCUGGAUUGUUUAUUGGCCCCUUCUGCAUGAACAUUACCAAGCUUCUCUUGUGCUACUGCUGAACCUGAAGCAUGCAGUCCAUCAGAGACUUGAAGCCAAACUUCAGCGGCCCUCCUCCCUCCUCCAUGGCCGCUGGACCCGACCCCUAUCUGCAGGGCAACAUCAGGAUGACUCUGGAGGACCCUGAACUCUGGAGGACCUUCCAUGGAAUAGGAACGGAGAUGAUCAUCACCAAACCGGGCAGGAGGAUGUUCCCACACUGCAAAGUGAGCCUCUCCGGCCUCAUCCCAUGUGCAAAGUACAUCCUCCUGGUGGACAUGGUGCCUGAGGAUGGCUUCAGGUAUAAGUGGAAUAAAGAGAAAUGGGAGGUGGCAGGGAAGGCAGAGCCACAGCCUCCCUGCAGGACCUACCUCCACCCGGACUCUCCGGCCCCGGGGAGCCACUGGAUGAAGCAGUCGGUGUCCUUUCUCAAGCUGAAGCUCACCAACAACACGCUGGACCAGCAUGGACAUAUCAUUUUGCACUCCAUGCACCGCUACCACCCUCGCUUCCACCUCGUCCAGGCAGACGACCUGUUCAGCGUCCGCUGGAGUGUUUUCCAGACCUUCACCUUCCCUGAGACUUCCUUCACAGCAGUCACAGCCUACCAGAACACCAAGAUUACAAAGCUGAAGAUUGAUCACAACCCGUUUGCUAAAGGUUUCAGAGAGGAGGGAACUAACAAGAAAAGGCGUGCAAACAAGAGCCCGGCCUGUUUUGAGAAACGAGCCAAGAUGUCUGACAUCAUUAACCAAGACUCUGAGGAGGAAAGCCCACCAGAUUUCUGCAGGUCAUCAUAUGAGGGUUUCGAUGCAGAAGAGAGCGACCUGCCUAAAAGAAAAGAUGCUGAAGUGGUCAAAGAGGAGCGAUACUCUCCCUGGGCUGCAGAGAGGGAGCACAGUGUGAGGACUGAGUCUCCUGCUGGGGCCGACCACAGAGAUCUGUACACAGAGCAGCUGGUUCCUGCUCCUGCUUCCUACCAGCCGUACAGGUUCCAUGAGUACGGGAAGUCUCCCUCUCCGUCCUCCAGCGUCGGCAGCAGCAGCAGCGGAUCAGGGCGCAGCAGUUUCGAGCCCAGAGUCCCUGACGUGGCCACCGUCCCCGAUCAUGACACCUCAAAGCCCCGCACACAGGACAUUGUGUCCUCCUCUUGUGGCCCCCAGCACCUUGUGGCCCCCCAGGACUACACAGGGGUCCUGAACAUGAGCAGUAGUAAGCCCGGCGUGAUCGGCCACCACAUCUACAGCCCAUAUGGAGCCGAGCAGACUCUGGGUCAGUGGAGCAGCCCCGGCCCCGCCCAGUAUCCCCCUCCUCACCACCUGACUGCCGACUACACCACGCAGGCUGUGCAUCACGGCUAUCACCAUGGCAACGUGGCUGAGUGGAGCCAGUACCCGCUGUUUUCUUAUUCUUGCUGGUGAGAAGAGGAAGUGAUAAGGAGGGACUUGAGAGUACAGCUGAUGAAGCAGUCAGAGUGUGCAUGUCCAGAGAAAAACAAGAGGCCUGCAAGAAAACAAACAUAAGAACUGAUCUUUGAAUUAACGGAGCUGUCUGUCGCUGACUGACAUGACUCCAUUUAAAUGAAACUAAAGUGUGCUGCUCCAUGUUGACUGAUUGUUUUAUUGUUGGGUUGUGUAUUUAUUUAGUGUUUCAUCUCAUCUGCAAGUGUAAAUAUUAUUUUUAUAAAGAAGAGAAUUAAACAUA